GACAUGUUUAUCCCGUGGAUCAUUCGUACUUUCGGAGUUUUGCCUCUAUUUCCUCCCCUUUUCAAUAUUCCAGUAACAAGUUCACAACCAUCCAUAUAUCAUCAUACAUACUUACCAUAUUCUUCCGAAUGCGGUCUCACAGCUGUAUUCUAUGAUUUCCAACAACAUAUACCAAAUCACGUUUAAUGCUGAUCCAGGAUAAAGUAACGUCAACCGAUUCGGGCCCAUACUUCCUCCACCAACCCUCGUUGCAAUGAAGCGAAGCUAAGGAUCAGCGGAGUGCAUCAGUGCAUAAGAGCCCACAAAUCUGCAAAUACACUACAUGAAUGCGAACGAUGAGGCGCCAUCGAAUCUGGAGCCGGCCAACGCGGAAAAAACGGACAAGAAUGAAGAGGAGAUCGUCGACGAUGAAGCUGUCGAAUCGAACGCGAAACGACUUACUGAAAACGAUGGCGGGGAUUCGAACACGCUCGACGAAAAAGCAGAGCUGAGUUUAGAAUUCCGACCGACUCUUCACGAACGAUUCAUGCGAAUCAAACAAAUGGUCAAGGAUGCCAUUGCGGCUCAUCACACGUUUAUGAUUUACGGAAAAGCACGAGUGAUUCGCGAAUGUAUGCUGAGUAGAGGGUGGUGUGAAAAGUUCUUCAGGAAGAAUUCUAAUGGCGACCAACACUUUAACGUGAACGCGAGCCCUGUGAUACUGUUGGCUGGCAUUGGUGACUUGAAGGAUCAACAAAGUGAACGUCAAUUGAUAUCCAGGAUGCUCACCAAUCACACGGUCGACUUUCUAUGGAACACAGGGUCGGAAUGGCCUGGGUGGCCGUCGCAGGAUAACAAAACCACGAUCUUCAAUAGAUACUGUCGGGCAGGAUUCACCUCGAAGGUGGGCUUAUGUUCGAAUGUCAGACAAAUGCAUUGGUACUACGAGGCUGGAGUGGCGAACACCCUGUUUCCACGUUGCUACAAUUUAUGCCAGGGCGAUCAGAUGCACGCUUUCAUCGAAGAUUUUCGAUUCACAGCUUGCCUGAGCUUGCUAAAAUGGUUGGUGAACAAGGUAAACAGCGAAGGCGAGAACGCAGUUAGAUCGCCAACUGGCGCGGUGCCUUUGAAGGCAUUAGAGUUCGCAAUUAAACGUUGCAGCGAUUAUAUCAGCGCACAGUCUCACGAGGAUAUCGAUCAGGAGACGGAAAGAGUGUGGGCACAUCAAUGGGACCAGUUUAUCAGCUGGUAUUAUCAGAUCGUUCACGGCCAGGCUUCCUUCGUUCGAAACAAUAUACCUCUCCAAAAAAUCUUCCUGGCGUCGAAGCACAUCUUGAGGAAGAUGAAGAAGUAUUGGCCUCAAUUGGAGAUGGAUGGAAUGAUGAACGUGUGGAUCAUGAAGCCUGGGAACAAAAGUCGUGGGAGAGGGAUCGUUUUGUUGAAUAAAUUGGAAGACGUGAUGGCGAAAAUGAACCCAUCGAGUAAAUCAGACACUCGUUACGUCGUUCAAAAGUAUAUUGAACGACCGUUACUGAUACAUAACACCAAGUUCGACAUCAGGCAAUGGUUCGUCGUUACUUGUGCUCAGCCUUUGACCUUCUGGAUAUACAAAGAAAGUUAUCUGCGAUUCUGCUCCCAGAAAUUCAGCCUAACAGACUUCCACGAAUCGAUUCACCUCUGCAAUCACUCGGUCCAGUGCAAAUACACGAAUUGCGGCGAUAGGGAUUCUGCGUUGCCUUCGGACAACAUGUGGGAUGCGACAACCUUCAAAGAGUACCUGAAGUCUCAGGGACACGAGAAAGCAUGGGACGAGAUUAUCUAUCCAGGAAUGAAGCAAGGCUUGGUGGGUUCUAUGUUGGCCAGCCAAGAGGCUAUGGAUCGUCGUAAGAACAGUUUCGAGUUGUACGGCGCCGAUUUCAUGGUCAUGGAGGAUUUCUCCGUUUGGUUGAUCGAAAUCAACAGUCAUCCAGACAUGAGUUACUCCAGCAGAGUAACGACGCGUCUCUGUCGACAAGUUUUGGAGGACACGAUAAAAGUGGUGGUUGAUUUUCGAGAGGACAGAAACGCGGACACAGGUCAGUUCGAGUUGGCUUAUAGACAGAGGAUGCCCAGCUGCCAGCCUUAUCUCGGCGCAGCUCUAUCACUUCAAGGAACUCGAAUCACUAUAAACGGGAAGAAGCCUUUAAGCAAUCAAGACUCAAAAGUUAACCUCAUGUCGAAAUCUCCUAUGACGUGUCUGACGAAGAAGAAAUCUACGAUACACAAUCAGAUUGGCCCGGUGAUCGUCGAUCUGAUCGAGGAACUGGAAAUUCAGCUCGACCAGGAAUUCUACGCUUAUUACAAAGUGGAAUCGCCUAAGCUGAGACAAGCACUGCCAGCGAGCGCGCCGACAAAACCUACGAAAACUGGCGUAUUGAUCGAUAAGCAGGAAGCAACCGUGAAGAGCGCUCCUGUGACCGGCACGACUGCUCAUUCUAAGGUGAAAUCGCCUACGGGGAUUCAGAACAAUCAGGACAAAAGUGGGAGUAAUCAGAGGAACGCGACAAGAACCCCGAGGAAAUCGCGAACUUUCACUGGAACGCCGAGCAACAAAGGAACAUCGUCUCCGACCAGACAAUCUUUGGUUUCCAAGAUUAUAGCUAUUCAAAAGCAGUCGUCGAAGCUGGCGCCGAAAAUCGACAAAUCAACGAAGCAAACCGAAGACAAGAUUAUCAAAUCAGUGAUGCGAGACGCGAUUAAGAAGUACAAAAAGAAUGCUUCUCUGUCCUCGUCAUCGCCCGAAACACCCCUGUUACCGUCCCUCUUAUCCACGAACAGGGUAAGUCACCCUGCAGCUGUGAAACAGAAGAAUCAUAACGUGUUGAAGAAAAACAGUCGUCAGAGGAAGAACAAGGUUCUAACAGACAUCACCGACAUGUAUGCUGUUGGUUUAAGUGGCUUGGAGACCAUUGAAAGAUUACUACGAUGUCCAGCUGAUUUCAUAUGGUACACAAAUAAAAAAGCAGGUGCCAGAACGGAUGAAAGGACCAUCGUUAAUAAAUUUUCAGGAUGUUACUUCACGUCGAAGGUCGACAUGUGCAAUAAUUUAGAGAACGUCUGCUGGUACUACGAAUCAGGUGUAUCGAACAUCCAGUUUCCCCGAUGCUACAAUGUGUAUCAGGCCGUACAGAUUCAGGAAUUCAUUCAAGAUUUCUACAUCACUGCGUGCAUGGGGAUUCUCAAGUGGUUCGUAUUAUUGGCCGGCAUCGCUGGACCAAAUAACGCUUGGUCCUCGAACGGCACUGUCCCCAUAAAGGCGCUUCUCUUCGCGCUGGAACGAUGUGCGGAAUACAUAAGUAUCUGCGAGCACGAGGAUAUCGAUGGACAAAAGUACAGGAACUUAUCAUCCUCUGACUGGGCUCUCUUCCUAGUGUGGCACGAACAAUUACUGCACAGACACGAAAUAUUGCAAAAGAAUCAGGGAUUAGACAUAGAAGAACUCUUACGGUUCACGGUUAACACUCUGAGAGAAAUGACACGGCGCCGACCUCAAAGUCACAUCGAUGGAAUGAGGAACGUGUGGAUCUUGAAGCCAGGUGACAAGAGUUUAGGAAGAGGUAUACUUUUGAAAAGUUCACUGAAAGGUAUCCUGAGCAAAAUACAUCAGACCACGAAGGAAUGUAUGCAAUACGUCAUACAGAAAUACAUAGAACGACCUCUGUUAGUUCAUAAAACUAAAGUGGAUGUUAGACAGUGGUUCUUGAUCACCAGCACGCAACCCCUUAUCGUUUGGAUGUACAAGGAUAUUCUACUUCGUUUCGCAUCGAAAGAUUUUACGCUCAAGAGCUUUCACGAAUCGAUUCAUCUGUGCAAUACAACCGUGCAACUGAAGUACAGGAAAACAGUGAAACAGUACUCACAGAUACCUAGCGAACUUCACUGGAAUCUUCAGAAAUUCAAGGAAUAUCUAAAAACGACCAAUCGGGAAUCGGCAUGGGAGAGGGUCAUCGAGCCGGGUAUAAAGCAGAAUUUAAUAGGUGCACUCCUGGCAUCUCAAGAAAACAUGGUCAAUCGCAAGAACAGUUUUCAAUUGUACGGUGCUGAUUUUUUAAUAAUGGAUGACCUGUCGGUCUGGUUGAUCGAAAUCAAUACGAACCCCCGCCUACACCCGCCAAGUAGCUCGGUCACGGAAAAACUUUACCCGGAAGUGAUAGAGGAUACCAUGAAAGUGAUUCUAGAUCGACGUAAAAAUAAGAAGGCUACUCGUGGUAAAUUCGAAUGUAUUUUCAAGCAACGAAAUCCAUUUCAUGGACACGCUUUUGGGAAAGCUGCGAGCCUUGGAAUCCGAGGCAAGGCUUUAUUUUCAACUCAAGGUUCGCUUCGAAAAUAGGCUGAUAAACUACACGAUAUAGUGCCCACACUUACAGUAAUACCACGUAGAAAGUAAGAUAACGAAUGUAAUAAAAACAUGUUUAUUUUACAAGUAACAAUGUUGCGGGUAUACAAUCCUAUAUAAACAGAUGUUUUGCUUUUCUCGUUAUAUUAAUACACAUCUAUACACGACUGCGUACAAGACAUACUCGUUCACGGUUCCAUUCAUACGCUUUUACACGUACAAAAUGAUCCAUUCAACGUGUCGUUUGUCUUUUUUUUCUUUAAACCGAUAUUGUUUUUUGCAUUGAUUUCAAUUAAAAACGAACAGUUUGUCUGGUUUUUAUCUGAACGAAUUCUGUAACAAAAUCUAGAUGUAUGAACGACCCAUAACAACUUUCGUUUAAUAUACUAAAAACAGGAAGGAAAAACAAA